GACUUUCUAUGGUCGCACAUUUCAACCACAUACUUCAUUUUCAAUUUUUUUUUAAUUAUUAUUAUUAUUUUAAAAUAAAAGUUGUUGACUUUGUGGAGACAUUUCCGCCCCCAAUAUAAAUUAACAAACUUUGACUCCCACUCAGCCGUUGUCGGCAGCGAGAGAGGGAGAGAUGGCGAACGAGACGAAGAAGAGGGGAAGAGGGGUAGUGGGGGUGACGGGGGCCGGAGGGUUCGUGGGGUCGGCGGUGGUCGACCUUCUUCUCGCCAAUGACUACGUCGUCCAUGGCACUGUUAGACACCCUGAGGAUGAAAAGUAUGCUCAUUUGAUGAAACUCGAGAAGGCAUCUGAGAACUUGAAACUCUUCAAGGCAGAUUUGCUGGAUUAUGACUCUCUCUGUGCUGCCAUCACGGGAUGCCUUGGAGUGUUCCAUGUAGCCAGUCCAGUUCCCUCCACUACAGUUUCAAAUCCCGAGGUGGAGCUGAUGGAGCCUGCUGUAAAGGGCACACUCAAUGUGCUCAAGGCAUGUUACAAAGCAAAAGUUAAGCGAGUUGUAGUUGUGUCCUCUGGAGCUGCUGUUUUCAUGAACCCCAGCUGGCCCGAAGGCAAAUUGAAGGAUGAAUCUUGUUGGUCUGAUAAGGACUAUUGCAGAAACACAAAGAACUGGUAUUGUCUUUCCAAAACAGAAGCAGAAAUUGAGACCUUGGAGUUUGCAAAAAAGACGGGGCUUGACGUUGUGACAGUUUGUCCAGCCCUCGUCUUCGGGCCGAUGCUACAGCCCUCCCUAAAUGCUAGUAGCUUGUUUCUUGUUAAGCUUUUGAAAGAAGGGCAUGAGACAGUAGAAAACAAGCAUAAGCCAAUAGUUGAUGUACGUGACGUAGCUGAAGCAUUGCUCCUGGUGUUCGAGAAGCCCGAAGCCGAAGGAAGAUACAUAUGCACUGCUCACAUGACCAAUUUGGGGGAUUUGGUGGACAAGCUGAGGAGUAUUUAUCCUAAUUACAAUUAUCCAAAGAGCUUUACCGAGGAAGAAGGUGUAGAUGUAAGAGGGUUGAGUUCUGAAAAAUUGCAGAAGCUGGGAUGGAAGUACAGGCCAUUGGAAGAAACCCUUAUUGAUUCAAUUCAAAGCUACCAGGAAUGUGGACUCUUGGUUUAGAUUUAUUGACACAACUUAUUCUGUCAAGGGGCAAUUUGGUUCAAAUUCAACAAUAACUCCCUAACUCUCUUCACCCCAGAAUGUUUUGUGCUACUACAUAGAAUUUGAUUCAAUAAAAAGCAAUAUCUACCAAUGAAAA